AUGGACAAGCCCAAACAAGCCCCUUCAUCUGGCGAAUUCCCCUUUGAUUUAAUAGCAGACCCCGAAGCCGCUAUCUCUAUACCCUUCGAUAUGGAGUCAUUUGAGUCCAAUCUUUUCCUCUCUCCAUAUUUGACAUCAAGCCUGCUAUACGAUUCCGUCCCCGAUGCCGCUACACCAAGCACCCUCCUAAGUAGCGACGAAGCAUCGCCCAGCUGUGUGGCAGAUGACCUCACAUUGCCAACAUACAGUAGCAGGUCAUCUCCGAGUCCUCACACACCAACUGUCCACAUGAGUGAGGUAGAAAGUGAGCCUCACACGCCACCCACUGUCGAAUACACUCCUAAAAGGACGAGUCCAUACAAGGCCCGGGCCAGGGACAUAACGCAUAACCCAAAGACUAGUGCACCGACCCUGACUCUGAAAUGCAUGUACGAGGGCUGCGCCUACAAGGGCAGCUUCAAGCGCAGAUAUGACCUGCGGCGCCAUGUGCGCACCCUGCAUACCUCUCCUAAAUCCCAUGUCUGUCCAGAGCCUGAGUGUCAGGGGAAGAGGGUGUUUAAUAGGAAGGAUGGCCUGCAGAAUCAUAAACGGCGGUAUCAUAGUGCAAGCGUGGUUCAGGUUCCUUUUUGCGGACCCUCUCCUAUGGGCGCGCAAGGUGUAUUUAGUGAUCCCAUGGGACGCUAUAAUGGGUAUAGUGGCUCUACGAGAUGGGGGAUGAGGUCUCGUUGA